AUGGUUAUCUCAUUGACCCGACAGCCCUACGCCUGUCAACUUCGCCGAGUUACCAAGCUCUGCUGGCCUUCAAACUGGAUGGCGUCGACUUCCGACUGCUUCAGCGCCGUUGCUACCUUCCCACUUCUGGGGCGAGUAAAACAAGAUAUUGUGUUGGUGAAGAUGCACUUUUUGUCUGUCCUACUCAAGAGCUCUCGUGAAGGAAGACGCAUCAAUUGA